AAUACCACAAAAGCAGAUCAAACAUGGGCAAGAUCAUCUUCUACGAGGACAGAAACUUCCAGGGUCGCCACUAUGAGUGUAUGAGUGAUUGCUCGGAUAUGUCGAGCUUCUUGAGCAGAUGUCACUCCUGCAGGGUGGAGAGUGGCUGCUUUGUCGUAUAUGACCGUCCCAACUUCAUAGGAAACCAGUAUUUUUUGAGAAGGGGCGAGUAUUCCGACUAUGUGUCUUUUGGUAUGAACGACUCCAUCCGAUCCUGCCGUUUAAUUCCCCAGCACAGAGGUUCUUUCAGGAUGCGAAUCUUUGAGAGGGAGAACUUCCUUGGUCAGAGUCACGAGCUGGCGGACGACUGUGACAACAUAAUGGACCACUACCGCAUGUCAGACUGCCAGUCCUGCAGCGUGAUGGAUGGUCACUGGCUGAUGUACGAGCAGCCCCACUACAGAGGCAGGAUGGUCUACCUGAGUCCUGGAGAGUACAGGAGCAUAAGGGAGCUGGUACACAGCGGCAUUAGGCUCAGCUCUGUCAGGCGAAUAAUGGAUUACUGUUGAAGCAGAACGUAUUUCCAUGAGUGAAAUAAAACAUAGAUCAAACACUGA